AUGUCAGAUGAAAAGGAUACCUACCGCACCGCCGAUAAGGCUGAGGCUGUCCCUCUCAUGGAAUUGGGCGCUGAGGAGACUGCAUUUCCAAGCACCGAAUCCAAGCCCGUUGAGGCGGAGCUCCCCGUCAUAGCAAGCACUCAGGGACCUGCAAUAACCUUCUUCGACUUACCAAAAGAUACCAAGAUACGAAUCUUGCAAUAUGCUGGCCUGCUUCGACCCUGCCUGAUCAACAUCGCCUUUGAAACGCACCGAACCAAGACCGGUCGUGGUAUAUGCGGGAACGGUAACCCCAUACGCAUGACUAGGGUUUCAUGGACAGGAACCUGGGUUGAUCCUUAUAACACGCCCUGCACUCACCCUGCGAUUCCUAUUCAGGCGCUCCAAACAUGUCGUCAGGCUCGUACUGAGCUCGGGGCGUUUUUCUUUACCGAAAAUCACUUCAGCAUUUACCUUUACGGUCGGGUAGAAUACAGGCUUUUUUGUGCAGCCACACGAUGGGGUCUAAAGCACUUGAGAAAUCUGCAUUUGGAUCUGGGGCCUCGAGAAAAUCGAUACCUGAAAUUAAACGGUUCACUUCACAAAACAACUUGGACCGUGUGGUCACAAUUUUGCUAUAAUUCCAAGGAAAGAAUGCCUGCUCUGAGACGAUUUAGUAUGAAAUGCAAGGUUAAGGAUUUGGACAUUGCCAGCAGACUGAUGCGUACAAUGGAGCCUUUUCCACUUUUGGCUGAAUGCGCUUUCCACCUCAGCAAUAAACCGGACGAUGAUAUCCGUCCUGUUAUAAAGAGAGCGGCCUCGAGGCUGACCGGCAACCUCGACGAGAAGCCCUCCUUUUCCUUUACGAAACUACCCAAAGAGGUGCAACUCAUCGUCCUCGAGCAUCUUUUGUGUGACUGCUCCGAUCCAUACUUACCUGCAACACAGCGCAGAGCGGGAAUGGUUGGUUUCUUGGACCGAAAAUUGCAUCGGACGACUCAGUUCCCUCUUGCUUGCUGUGGAACAUGCUCUCCUCUUCGUGCCAUGUGUUUCUGUGAAGCUCGUCAGACCGCGUUCUCCACCACCUGCUCGUGCUUCUCCAGUCCCUUACCCUAUUUCUUGGUCAGCCGCAACUUCUAUGAGGAUUGUCGGCGCAUUUUUUUCUCAAGAACUAUCUUUACAUUUGUCGAAGAGGAGCCCGAAUGUAUCAUGCGCUUUCUCAAUACCGUUCCUACUUCGUCGUUUAUGCAAAUUCGCCAUUUGUCUUUCAAAUUUCCUAAAUGUUGGAGAACUUUCCACAGAUCGGCCAAAACUGAAGAGAUAGCCCUUCUCUCUUGGUCUGUUCUGCGCCGCUUUAUACGCGAACAUUUUGAUCUUGCGCGCCUGUCGCUAAGUAUCGUGGACCUCGGUACAACAGAGACAAUGCCAAACGCUAGCCGGAUCAGGUACAUGCGUAAAAUGCUCAAAGCAUUUUCGGAACUGCAGGGACUGCGAGAGUUCCGUGUGUAUCUGGCAGCCGAUCCUUCGUUUGAAAAAGAGUUAGAACGUGCUGUUACCAGCCGAGUGAGCGAUGAAAGAUAUUGCCCCUACAACAUGUCGACUCCAGAGCAACACUUAUAA